CCCCAGGCCCAGGAGUGGAGCCGGGACUCAGGGUGAGCCCUCCGUGAGCCCCUAGUGCGGGGGAGCGAUAAGGAGGACGGGAGGCAAACCAAUCGGACUUUAAUGUGAUUUCCUGAUCCCAGGGCGCUGUUGGCGGACUAUCUGACUGCUCCAAGGGGAUUAGGAAUCUCCAAUCCCAGCCAGUCUCUGUUGGAGUUUGGAGUUUGCCCCACGGCCUCACAAGCGAAUGUGAACGGCAGAAGGUAGAUGUAACUCCAAGGACGACCCCCUCCUAGUCACUGAAAGACCCCAAGGGCCAUGGAGAGCACAGCAAGCAGCCCCCCACUCUCCAGCUUCGACAACCUGGAGGCCUUUCCGGAACAGAGCCUGGAGACCGUGGACAUUGUGGUGCUGGUACUCUACUUCGUCUUCGUCCUGGCUGUUGGACUAUGGUCCAUGUGCAGGACCAAGAGAAAUACUGUGCAGGGCUACUUCCUGGCUGGUGGGGACAUGGCCUGGUGGCCGGUAGGGGCUUCCCUUUUUGCCAGCAACGUGGGCAGCGGGCAUUUCAUUGGCCUGGCCGGCUCCGGUGCCGCCGUGGGAAUUUCACCGACAGCAUUCGAGUUUAAUGGGAUUUUUUCGGUCUUGAUGUUGGCCUGGCUCUUCCUUCCCAUUUACGUGGCAGGUGGGGUGACCACCAUGCCAGAGUACUUAAAGAAGAGAUUUGGAGGUAGAAGGAUACCGAUCUUCCUAGCUAUUCUCUAUUUGUUCAUCUACAUAUUCACAAAGAUCUCGGUGGAUAUGUACGCCGGCGCCUUGUUCAUUCAGCAGUCGUUACACUUGGACCUCUACCUGGCCGUGGGAGGCCUGCUGCUGGUCACUGCCAUCUACACCGUGGCAGGUGGUCUGGCUGCCGUCAUCUACACAGAUGCUCUGCAGACCGCAAUCAUGCUCAUCGGAGCUGUGAUCCUGAGCAGUUACAGCUUUGCGGCAGUUGGGGGGAUGGAAGGGCUGAAGGACAAAUACUUUUCUGCCGUGCCCAGCAACCGCAGUGCAAACAACAGCUGUGGCUUGCCCAGAGACGACGCCUUCCAUCUUUUCCGGGAUCCUGUGAAUUCCGAUCUCCCCUGGCCUGGAAUUCUGCUUGGAAUAUCAAUCCCCUCUCUAUGGUAUUGGUGUACGGAUCAGGUCAUUGUUCAGCGUUCCCUAGCAGCCCAGAACAUGUCCCACGCCAAAGGGGGCUCCCUGCUGGCAGCGUACCUCAAGGUGCUGCCCCUUUUCCUCAUGGUGAUGCCUGGCAUGAUCAGCCGUGUCCUGUUCCCAGACCUGGUUGCGUGUGCAGAUCCCAAAACCUGCCAGAAAAUCUGCGGCAAUCCCUCAGGCUGCUCUGACAUAGCUUAUCCCAAACUCGUCCUGGAACUCCUGCCACUAGGACUGCGGGGCCUCAUGAUGUCCGUGAUGGUCGCCGCCCUCAUGUCCUCUCUCACGUCCAUCUUCAACAGCUCCAGCACCAUCUUCACCAUGGACCUGUGGCGCCACUUCAGGCCCCGGGCUUCCGAGUGGGAACUCAUGAUUGUGGGCAGGGUGUUUGUGUUGCUGCUGGUGGUGGUGUCCAUCCUCUGGAUCCCCCUGGUGCAGGCCAGCCAGGGGGGCCAGCUCUUCAUUUACAUCCAGUCCGUCAGCUCCUACCUGCAGCCGCCCGUUGCUGUGAUCUUCAUCCUGGGCUGUUUCUGGACCCGGACCAAUGAAAAGGGGGCCUUUUGGGGGCUGCUGGUUGGCCUGCUGCUGGGCCUGGUCAGGAUGGUGCUGGACUUCAUCUAUGUGCAACCUCCGUGCGACCAACCAGAUGACCGGCCCGGGGUGGUGAAACACGUCCACUACCUCUACUUCUCCACCAUCCUGACGGCGGUCACCAUGGUCACGGUGGUGAUCGUGAGCUGGUUUACAGAACCACCCUCCAGAGAAAUGGUCAGCCGCCUCACCUGGUUUACCUACCAGGAUCCCCUGAUGAAAGAGGUUCAGCCCACCUCGUCCCUGAACUCUGACCCCAGAAGUGGCUCUUCUGAACCCUGCAAUACCGGACCCCAUCUUGAGAUGAACAUUCAGGAAAAUGCAUCCAACCCCAAAAACGGUGAUGGUACUAAAAAGCCAUCAAAACUGAAGCAGACCCUCUUCUGGCUCUGUGGGAUGGACAGCACGUCUGAGGGAGGCCCUGUGAGCCAGCUCGAACCAGCCGUCGUUUUGGCGGAGAACCCCCUUAUAAAGAGCAUUCUGGAUAUCAACUUAAUUCUCUGCAUCAGCAUCGCAGUAUUUUUAUGGGGCUUCUUUGCCUAAGGAAACAGCCACGUCUCCUAAUUUUGUAUUUUGUGGAAAACUAAAAUUACCAGGUGUCACUUUCUGGGCAUUAACCACCCCCCAAAACAAAAACGAUGUUUUUCCUUUUGUUGAGGGGGUUAGCUGGAAAGGUAUUAAGAAAGAAAGCAGAGUCAGACUUUUCAUUUCAUCCCAUGUCUGCGAAGUGGUGGCUUUGGCACAGGAAACUAGCGUUCGGAAGACACUGAUCCGAGUUUCACCAGCCUCACGGAAAGAAACGACACAGGGCCACCAGGAUGGAAAACAUCAUCAAAAACUCAGUCUCAGGGGCGUGAAACGACCUCCACGCAUUAGAAAAGAACACUAAAUAUACUGACGUGGUUGGAUCUCAUCUCCCUCUCCCACUGUAGGGAAGGUCUUGAACAUUGAGUUCUGGCUGCAAGAAGGGCAGUGCCAGUUGAAGUGUUUAAUGAGUUACCACGGAAAAGUUCCUUGGAAAUCAUUAGCUUUAAAAAUAAACCUUAUGAGUCAAAGGAUGGACCAACCAGAAAAUGUAUCUAAUGAAGGUCAUGUUUCAGUUGGUUUCCCAGGAAAUAUGCUAACUGGCUAAUCAAGGGCUGGGAAUUUUGCUCCUAUUAACUGGAAAUUUAUGGAAGCCUUAAGCACUGGCCUUCUGUUGGUUGGAGAAAGACAGCCUUCACUGCGGAGGAAGCAGCUCUCGGGUGUCUGUCAGCCCCAUGUGGUACAGAGACUGUGCCUGGACCAGUUAGCUUAGUACACUGCCUGGCACAUAGUAAAUACUUUAGAACCACAAUUAUUAGUAGUCUCAUGUUUUCCCUAUUCUUGUGAAUACAUCCAAAACAGGUCCUGCCGGCACAAGGAUUUCCCAUGCCAGCCCCCUUCCACAGUGGUGCAUGGAUGGCAAGAUGAAUGAAACCAACAUGGAAAAAGACCAUAUUUGGGGGGGAUUGCCCAAGGCAGGUCAUAGCAGUGGAGCUCAGAGCAAAUCAGGGAGCAGCUUUCAGCCUGGCUAGGGAAGGGAGGGAGGCCUUCCCACCCAAGGAUCAGGAGGGACCUCUUUCUGAAAGAGUUGCCAUUAUUUUGUAACUUGCAGAGGCCCUAAGGCUGGAAUAUUCCUGAAACUCCAAACCCCCAAACCCCUUCUUCAUAAUGCCCCCCUAGAUCCACUGCCAUCCACCUCCCCCUUUAUAUUAGAGGGGGACAUUCGGGCACACCCACCCACACCCCUCCCUUUCAAGACAAUCUCUGCCGCUGGGGCACUAACUGCUGAAUUACAUUCUUGCAUGUCCUUCCUUAGGAUCUAAAUUAUUCAGAGCCCGUUUAGACAUGCCAUCUACUUGCAACCUUCCCCUUAGAGAGUGGUCAGCUUACAUCUUGACUGCCUCGUGUAUCUGUACAUCUGGAAAAACAGGCUUCAUCUUCCCUCUUAUUUUGAGACUGUGCAGAUCUACUUUUUAGGGCAAAAACUACUCUGCAUCAAAAGAUAUUCACGUCAGUUUAAUAGUAUGUCAUUGAGCACUUCUGAAAUGCAGGUUCUGUUAUUAGAAACUGUCAACUUAAAGGACGGGUUGAUCGGCUAUGGCCUCUACGUACAUAUUGCUCCUUAACAGUUGCAUAUUUGAUUUUGCUUUUACAGAAUGGUAGAUUAAAAGGCAAAAAGCUGGGAAGUGCACUUAGUGGAAACCCUACAGCACUGGGGGUAACUGGUCGGUCGGGUUACUGAUGGAUCGUGCAAAGUCUGGCAACUGAUUGGUGUCCCAUGGGUAUCGCUCUUCCCCACAGUCCUCUGCUUUAAACUAGCCACCCGGACCUCCCUUAUUUGGCCUCAGUUCUAUGUUGCUGCUCAAGUGCUUUGCUGGCAGCAGUACCUGAUAUUUUGCUAACUGCUUCACUGAUGGGUUAUGGUAGAGAUUCACGUUGUGUUCAGAAUUGGGUAUUUUGAAUGGCUAAAUGAUAGCAUGCUGGGGAGAACAAGAUUCCUCAAAGGGAUAUUUAAUACCAUUUGGUAGAUGGUAUCCACUCAUUUGGGGUACAUCAGCUACGGUGCAAGCUUGUCACCCACUUGCCUCAGAGCCACAGCAGUUCCUGGACGUUCUGCUUCACUGUAGAGGUUGAUAAG